CAGCAGCAGCUGACUCAUCCUUACAUACCAUAAAUAAAUUGAAGGUCACUCGUACAUCAGACUCCCACCAAUUCAUUUCGCAGAACGAUCAUUAGCUUGGGCUGUGCUUUAGUCGUUCCAUAGUAAAACAAUAAAGUGUAAACAAUUAUUAGACUGCUAUUUCGAGUUGAGUUCGGCCGGUGUGAUAAGCAUUUAGCUCAGACUAAAGAAAUAAUCUAAACACCGCUGCCCAAUAAUUGACAAUAUGGCUUUAGAAAUUGCAACAACCGAUAGCCAAGAAUACAAAUUCAACCCUCUCAAUUUCAAUACAUUACACUUUAGCGUUCAAGCUUCCAACGACGCUCAUGUGGCUUUGACUUCUACUAAUGCUAAUAAGCCUCCAAAGUAUGAGAUUUUCAUUGGCGGAUGGGGUAAUUCAAAAUCGUCAAUUCGUAAGAACAACGAAGAACCGGACAAAGUCAUCGUCGAUACACCAAAAGUUCUCAACGGUAAUGAAGCUAGAGGAUUUUGGAUAAAAUGGGGAGGCGGCUUUAUUGGUAUCGGGAAACAAGGCGAAGCCAAGCCUUUCAUGUCCUGGCAAGAUGACGAAACCAUUAAUGUAGCUUAUUUUGGAGUACGUACUGGAUGGGGAUCUUCCGGCAUUUGGACAAUUGAAGAUAAUAUAUACAUAAAUACUGAAAACAGUAUGGACUAUAUAUUUAGAGUAAUUAUGCACGGAUCAUUAAGUUUUUCGGUAUCGUGUGAAAGUGAUGCACAUAUCGCUUUGACUUCCAAAUCCAACGAUUCCGAGCCCAUUAUUGAAGUAUUUCUAGGCGGAUGGAAAAAUACCGCUUCUGCUAUUCGUUACAACAAAGAAAAAUCAGAUAAGGUACGUGUCGACACUCCUCAACUUCUGUCUAAAAGCACUCCACGCAAAUUUGUUAUCUUCUGGAAAGACGGAGUAAUUGAAGUUUUUCAGGACUAUACUAAAUUAUUUGAAUGGAUAGAUCCAAAGCCGUUUAUUAUUUCUCACUAUGGUGUGCGCACUUGUUGGGGGGCGGUAGGAACUUGGUGUGUUAAUGGCACAGCGGAUGAACAGUUUAGAAGCAAAGCUGUUACAUCCAAACCCUUAAAACCACAAGCACCACCAGCGGCUACGCCCGGCUGGAAUAUCGGUGGAUCAACAAUUGGACCCGUGCAAUGGGUACGAGCUAGUAAUGGCCAAAUACCUCCGAACGCUUUACCUGGUGGUUUUGAUACGAACAAGGAACAACUUUACAUAGCUAGAGCCGAGCAUAACGGUGCCUUGAUUCCUGGAAAACUUGUUCCUUCUCAUGGUGUUACAUAUGUGGCUUGGGGCGGAGUUGAAAAUCCCAAAGAAAACUAUGAAGUACUAUGCAAUUGCAAUGGUACCUGGGUGAAAGCCAACAAUGGUGAAAUUCCAGUCGGAGCAUUAUCAUCUGGACACACAGAAGAAGGUGAACCAUUGUUUGUUGGUCGCGGAGAACAUGACGGAACUGUGACUGUAGGAAAGACACAACUGGAAAACUUAAGAGGUCAAAACGAAAAAGGACUGAACGAAUUAAUUUUGGAUUUAUUAAAAAUAUAUAUAGAAAAACCUUCAGACGAUCAUGAUGUGUUUGGCUCGUAUGUGGCUAUGGAAUUAAGAAAUUUAAAGACGUCAGAUGCUCAGAAAAAAUUAAGGACUGAAAUGAGAGACGCCAUAUCUCGUGUCGUUAAGGAAGAGAGUGAACUACCAAUAAAAAACUCAAACAGUAAUGAUGUAAAUAACAAAGAUCAACAUAAUAUCUUACAAACGACAGAUUCAGAUGAUUUUUGCUUAAUCAAUUCAGUGCAAGCUUCUUCUAAUGGUACGCUUAGUAAAUGUUCAAGUUUUGGAGAUAUACAAGUACUCGGACUUAAUGAACAAUUUUAAGCAUAUAUUACCAUUAUCUAAAAAUAUUAUUCUCAUUUUAUUUGUUAGUUCAAUAUUUUAUUAUUUUGUAUGUUACAUGUAUUUCACAA